CCUGGCCCAAGUAGUUUCAAUUAAUCGACUUGGCUUUGUUCGAAUAAAGCCCCCCCCUCUCCGAUUGUACCAUCAAUAAAUCCGGAGAGAGAGAUAUUUAUAUAUAAAAAAAAAGAUCGAUAAAAAGGGGGAAAAAGAAAAUAAAAGAAAGAAAAUGAUUGGGAAGGUCAUUGUAUCGGUGGCCUCGGUCCUCCUGGUGGUGGGCGUGGCCAUCGGGGUUGUAGCGGUCGUAAAGAACAACCACGAGACACCGUUGACGCCUCAGAUGAAGGCGGUCCAGGCCAUCUGCCAAUCCACGACCGACAAGGCCUCUUGCGUCAAGACCCUCGAGCCGGCCAACACGGACGACCCGAACAAGCUCAUCAAGGCGUUCAUGCUCGCCACUCAAGAUGCCCUCACCAAAUCCUACAACUUCACCGGCCAGACCGAGGCAAGUGUCUCUAACAGCACAGCCAACGGUCCCACGAAUAAGGCCGUUCUCGAGUACUGUAAGAGAGUUUUCACCUACGCGCUCGAGGAUCUUAAGUCCGUCCUUGAAGAGAUGGGCGAAGAUUUGGAGCAAACGGGCAGCAAGCUCGACCAACUCAAACAGUGGUUGACCGGCGUUUUCGUUUACCAGAGCUCUUGCCUUGACGACAUCGAGGAUGCCGAUCUCAGGAAGAUGAUGGCAGAAGGCAUAGCCGACUCCCAGAUCCUUACCAGCAACGCCAUCGACAUCUUCUCCACCGUCGUGACCUCCAUGGCCGAGCUUGGUCUCGCCAAAAACGGCACCAUCAGCCUGCCCGGAGCUCCUGCCGGUCGCCGUCUUCUGGAGGAGGCCGAAACCGCGGAGGGAGGAAUCCCGACAUGGAUGUCUGGAGCCGACAGGAAGCUCCUGGCUAAGGCCGGUCGUGGUGGUGCCGCUCCGAGGAUCAGGCCGACAUACGUGGUGGCGAAGGACGGAAGCGGGCAGUUCAAGACCGUUGGCCAAGCCGUGAAUGCUUGUCCCAACAAGAACCCAGGAAGGUGUAUCAUUUACAUCAAGGCCGGAGUCUACAGAGAGCAAGUCAUUAUUCCCAAGAGCAAGAACAACAUCUUCAUGUUCGGUGAUGGCGCAAGAAAGACAAUCAUCACAUACAACAGGAGUGUCAAACUCAGCCCUGCAACCACCACUUCUCUCAGCGGCACAGUCCAGGUUGAAUCGGAAGGGUUCAUGGCUAAAUACAUCGGGUUCAAGAACACAGCCGGGCCAAUGGGACACCAGGCUGUGGCCAUCCGAGUCAACGGAGACCGUGCCGCCAUCUUCAACUGCAGGUUCGACGGGUACCAAGACACGCUCUACGUGAACAACGGUCGCCAGUUCUACAGGAACUGCGUCGUCUCCGGAACAGUGGACUUCAUCUUCGGAAAAUCCGCGACCGUGAUCCAGAACUCACUCAUCGUGGUCCGAAAAGGCAAUCCGGGUCAGUACAACACCGUCACUGCCGACGGAAACGAAAAGGGUUUCAACGUGAAGAUCGGAAUCGUCCUCCAGAACUGCCGCAUCGUCCCCGACAGGAAGCUCUCGCCGGAGAGGCUGAAGGUCGCGUCCUACCUGGGAAGGCCAUGGAAAAAGUUCUCGACCACGAUCGUGAUGAACACGGAGAUCGGUGACCUGAUCAGACCGGAAGGAUGGAUGAUAUGGGAAGGAGAGAGCUUCCACAAGUCGUGUAAAUACAUCGAGUACAACAACCGUGGACCGGGAGCUAACACCGCGAGGAGAGUCAACUGGGCCAAGGUUGCAAGAGUCGGCUCGGAAGUCAACGGCUUCACGGUCGCAAACUGGUUGGGUCCUGUCCAAUGGCUCCAAGCCACGGGUGUUCCUUUCACGCUCGGGUUAUAAGCUCCUGUAAUUAACCUAAAACUUGAGACUCAGAAUCAGUGCAUGCAUGCAAAAAGGAAAUAAAAAGGAGUACGUGGGAUGAAAAAGGCAUAAAACGACAUCGUUUCUCCGGAUAAGGUUCUUUUUUCUUCAAGUCUAAUGGUGUUAGAUUUACGGGGCAAUGUUGUAAAAAAUCCUUUUGUUGUUUCACGUGCCAAGCAAAAAAAUAACUUUUUCUUUUAUUUCGCUUGAUGAAAUAUUAGUCAUGGUCGAGUUGUAUAUUGAAUAAUAUAUAUCUUUUAUGUUCUUAA